GGGACACCUCGGACAGAUCACUGGGAGAGACCAUAAAAUGAAAGUCCUCCUCUUUGUCACUUUGAGCACCGCUCUGCUAUGUACUUUGGUCUUAAGUGACCACGGCGGAAGCCAUGACGAUGAUCACAAUCAUGACCAUGAUCACGAUCAUGACCAUGAUCACGAUCAUGACCAUGAUCACGAUCACCAUCAUGACCAUGAUCAUAAACAUAACCAAAGCCACUCUCACCACCAUCACUGCGACGGCAAUUAUCACCACCAUCACGGUGACGGCAAUUAUCAUCACCAUCACGGAGACGGCAAUUAUCACCACCAUCAUACCAAUGAAUCCAUGGCUUGUUACAGAAUUGCCAAAAGCAAUGCCAAUUUCGCCUUCCACUUUUUCAAUCAGAUAGCAUCAAGGAACCCUACCGAUAACAUCUUCUUUUCCCCAGUAAGUAUUUCCAUAGCCUUCGCUCUGCUUUCCAAAGGUGCUCGGUCUAAGACUCAUGACCAAAUUAUUGAAGGACUUGGCUUCAACGCGUCCAAAAUUACAAAGGAGGAAAUUCAUGCAGGAUUCAAGCAUCUUCUGCACGUACUCAAUGACCCCAACAGCGAACUACAACUGAACAGUGGGAAUGCCCUCUUCAUAAACAAAGAGAGCAAGCUGCUCCAGACCUUUUUAGACGACGCAAAGAAUUUUUAUGAGUCUGAAGCAUUUUCUACUGACUUCCAAAACACAGAGGAAGCGAAAAAACAGAUCAACAGUUAUGUAGAGAAGCAAACCAAUGGGAAAAUUGUCGAUCUGCUUGACAGUGUUGACAAGGAUACAAUUUUAGUUCUUCUUAACUACAUCUAUUUCAGAGGGAAGUGGGAAAAACCUUUCGAAGAGGAAUUUACAAAGGAAGGCGACUUCCAUGUUGAUGAGAACACAGUUGUGAAAGUCCCGAUGAUGCACAGGACAGGCAUGUAUAAUGUGCUGUUAAAUGAAAACUGCUCCGUGGUGGAGAUGCCAUACAAAGGCAAUGCCUCCGCGCUCUUUAUUUUGCCGAAGGAAGGACAUCUCCGAGAGAUUGAAGAGAGUCUUGAGAAAGCAGCCAUCAAGAAUUGGAGGAAAACUUUGUGGCGUCGGUCUGUGAUGUUAACAUUCCCCAAAUUUUCAAUUUCUGCAACUCUCGACCUUAAAAACGAAUUUGAAAAGCUGGGUGUGACAGAAGUCUUUUCAGACACUGCCGACCUUUCUGGAAUGACAGGUGAAGCUAACCUGAAGCUGUCCAAGGCCGUUCAUAAAGCUGUACUCAACGUGGAUGAGAAAGGAACAGAAGCAGCAGCCGUAACAGGCUUAGAGAUUAUGCCUACGAGUCUUCCUCCGGCAGUCAAAUUCGAUCAUCCUUUCCUGAUUGUUAUAGCAGAUGACAUAACGCAUAGCGUUCUGUUUUUGGGAAGAAUUACCAACCCUGCAAAGAAGUAAUAUUUGUGUUGUGCCUUUUGUUCGCUGAAUAAAAUAUAAUUCUGCA